CUCUGUGCAGCCUGGGGCGCUGGGAGACUCUGCUGUAGCUCGUCCUGCACCAUGAAGGAGACUCUGUUCAAGGGGAACUUCUGGAGUACCGAUUUAACGAGCACAGCUGGCUAUGACAGCAUUGUUCAACGUCUGAAUGAUGGCAGGAAGAACUGCAAGGAAUUUGAAGACUUUCUGAAGGAAAGGGCAACUAUAGAAGAAAAAUAUGGCAAAGAGCUCAUUAACCUGACGAAGAAGAAGCCCUGUGGGCAGACAGAGUUGAACACCCUGAAGAGAGCUCUUGAAGUUUUUAAGCAACAGGUUGAUGGUGUAGGGCAGAGUCACAUCCAGCUGGCCCAGACCCUUCGGGAAGAGGCAAGGAAGAUGGAGGACUUCCGGGAAAAGCAAAAACUUCUUCGGAAAAAGAUAGAGCUUGUAAUGGAUGCUAUUCAUAAAAAUAGGAAUUUGCAGUAUAAGAAAACAGUGGAGGCAAAGAGGCUGUAUGAGCAGCGAUGCAGGGAUAAAGAUGAAGCAGAACAGGCCGUGCACCGCAAUGCAAACCUUGUAACACAAAAGCAACAAGAAAAGCUGUUUGUAAAGUUGGCUCAGAGCAAGUCAGCUCUGGAAGAUUCUGACAGGCAAUAUCAGCUGAACGUUGGUGCCCUUGAGAAGAUCAGAGAAGAAUGGCAGAAUGAACACAUCAAAGCCUGCGAGUUCUUUGAGACCCAGGAGUCCGAACGGAUAAACUACUUCCGCAAUGCGCUGUGGCUGCACCUUAACCAGCUCUCUCAGGAGUGUGUCUGGAGUGAUGAGCGAUAUGAAGAAACCCGUAGGAGUCUAGAAAUGUGCAGCAUCGAGAAGGAUAUCGAAUUUUUUGUAAAUUUCCGUAAAACCGGAAGUGUGCCCCCAGCUCCUGUGGUCUAUGAAAAUUACUAUAACACACAAAGAAAUGCAACUACAACAAGAAAUCAGGCCCCAGCACCUGGGAUAGGGAGGAGGGGGCCAUUACCAAUUCCUGCGAGUGGGCCAGGUGACUGUGAUUACGCUACUGUUGAUGGUUACAGUUUAAUACAUCAGUAGCAUGAGCUGGUCUCAAAGCUGCUUGCCCAGUAGUGCCACUGAGUGCAAAAAUUAGUCGUCUGAGCCACCCAUCAGAGUGUAUUCAGUUGCAAUUCCAGCAUCGGGCACAGUGACACAGCAUGGAACUGUUUCUUCUUUUAAAAAAUAUUUUAAAACUCUAGGGUAUUUUGUAUGUUUUGAGGAUCCACAUGAGGUCCAACAAGGUCCCUUUUCCUUCACGGCGACAAACUACAAGAGCUGAUGUCUUAAUUUCGAGGUCAGAAAGGAGGACAUUGAAUCUCUGAAUAAUAUUCGCUGAAUCAAUAGAAUCUCCCCUAUCAAUAAGAGAGGCUUGUGUUCUGGUGUUGGUGACAGUUCUUUGUGAUGUGCAAACCUCUGUGGAAAACUCUAAAGGAUUUAAAAAAAAGGAAUCUCUUCUCACCAUGAUGACUGAGAAUUCACACGUGCCGCCAUAGUGCUGCCAAUGGGAAUCCUGUGCAGGGCUUUGGCCAUAGCACACAGGUCAAAGUAAGGUUUUGGUCUGGUACGCUGGAUUUUCACCAGGCUGAUUAAGAUCAUAGCCUAGCCCUAAUUGUGGGAGUGCUCAUUAGACUGUUUACCCAUGGCAAUGCUGAGAGUUAGAACUCAAGAGGUAUUUAUAUGGCUGUACUGUGCUUUGGCUCCAGGCUAUGCAGUGAUGUUGGAAGAAGCUGAUUCAUAUCCUGUCUCUACCUAUCACGCUUCAGGAGCCUGUUUGGAUUACAUGAAUGGUCCGUUAACUUCAAUAUGGGUUCUGAUGAGAGGAAGGUGAACAAGUUAUGGCCCUUCAGUAGUUACCUACCACCCUUCCCUGGUUCUACUGUGGCACAGCAGUACAAUACAGAACCAUCCUUGCAGGUCCAGGCUGGUGACCCCUCCAUUCUUGAAUAACUAGAGGACAUGAGCUGGCCCUCCGGAGAGCUACAUCUGAAGGCAGGGCUUGCUGCUGUUCAGCUACCCACCACCAGGGCUGGCUCUGGCUUUUUUUCUGCCCCAAGCGCAAAAAAAAAA